GAGCACUCCCACCGCCAUCGAAAAUCAAACGGCAGCAGAAGCAGGUACAAAAGGUGCAUCACGACUGCGAUGUUUCUACCAUCCGUCUGUCUAUCUAUUCUUCCAGGAUCUCUGUCGCUCAUACCGUUGCACAAUUUUCACCAAAUAAAUCUCUUCCAUUGUCCCUGAUUGUCCAAGCUCCAGCUAUGCCCGCAACAUACAUCGGAUUCGACCUCUCCUCCUCUGGUUUGAAGUGUCUUGCUGUGACCGCCGACCUCAAGCCAGUCCACGAGGAAGCUAUCCUCUUUGACAAAGACACGCCCCACUAUGGCGUUCAUGGCGGGGUCCACAAGAACGAGGUAGACCACGAGGUUUACGCACCAGUUGCCAUGUGGAUUGAGGCGCUCGAUAUCCUCCUCACUCAGAUGAAGGCGAGCGGCUUCGACUUUUCUUCCGUUAAGGGUAUUUCUGGUGCUGGACAACAGCAUGGCAGUGUAUACUGGUCAGAAAAAGCGGAGGAGAUUCUUGCGUCGCUCGAUCCCAAGGCGUCCCUCGUCGACCAACUGAAGGAUGGAGCUUUCACACACCCUUGGAGUCCGAACUGGCAAGAUCACAGCACGCAGAAGGAGUGUGAGCAAUUUGAGGAAGCCACUGGUGGCGGUGAAGCACUAGCACGGAUUACGGGCUCGAAGGCGCAUCAUCGUUUCACCGGGCCGCAGAUCAAGAAAUUCCACCGUCAGAACCCUGAGGUAUACGAAAAGACUGCACGCAUCUCUCUCGUCUCCUCAUUCCUGUGUUCACUAUUCCUUGGACGCAUUGCACCGCUUGAUAUCAGCGAUGUAUGCGGAAUGAACCUCUGGGACAUCCAAGGCGACUGUUGGGACAAGAAACUGCUUGCCCUCACCGCCGAAGACUCCAAAAGUGGUGUGGCGGGAUUAUCUGCAAAGCUUGGGAAUGUCGCGCAUAACAUGGGCAGUAUUCUGGGGGGUAUCUCGAAGUGGUUUGUUGAGCGCUUUGGGUUCAGUUCUGACUGUGCAAUUCUGCCUUUCACUGGUGACAACCCCUCCACAAUUCUUGCACUUCCUUUGAGGCCUCUGGAUGCAAUCGUCUCCUUGGGCACAUCAACAACCCUCCUGAUGUCCACUCCCACCUACUAUCCCUCAACCGAAUACCACCUCUUCAACCACCCGACCACCAAGGGGCUGUACAUGUUCAUGCUCUGCUACUGCAACGGUGCCCUUGCUCGUGAAGGCGUACGAGACGAAAUAAACAAGUCCAAAGGGGUCACUGACAAGUCCUGGGCCGAAUUUGGCAAAGCCGUGGACUCGACGCAAGUCGCUGGACGGUCCACCUCCUCAGACCCGGCCAAAAUCGGCGUCUACUUCCCGCUUCCAGAAAACAUUCCCAGCGCGAACAAAGGCACCUGGCGAUACAAUUACUCUGCCACGGACGGAACGAUCAAGGAGACGCAAGAGGGCUGGAACCUCCCGCACGAUGACGUCCGCGCCAUUAUCGAGUCCCAAGCACUAUCCAUGCGUAUGCGCUCAGAAGCACUGCUCUCUCCCGACGCGCACAACGGACACAAGGCCCAACCGCGCAGACUGUACUUUGUUGGUGGUGGGAGCAGGAACGCGGCUAUCAUGAGUAUUACAGCCGAGGUCCUCGGCGGCUUCGAGGGUGCAUAUAAGUUGGAUAUCGGCAGCAAUGCGUGUGCGCUAGGUGCGUCUUACUAUGCUGCGUGGGCGCUGGAGAGGAAGGGGAGUGAGGCGUUCGAGGAUUAUGUGGAUAGAUAUUGGGAGGAAGAGACGCACGCGGUUAGGAUCGGGGAUGCGUAUAAGGAGGGUGUUUGGGAGGAGUAUGGCAGUGUCAUGAAGGGAUUUAGGAUAGUGGAGGAGGAGAUCAUGAAGACAAACUCGCAUGCGUAAAUGCUGUCGGGUUAGCAAUUGCUUGGGAGGAUGGAUAGGCGAAUAGUGGUACGUCAAUGAGAUUCAAGUAGAUCUGGUCCCUGAG